UUUAUUAACAUACAUUUCCCGGCAAUCAACAAGCCAGAGCCAGAAUCCUAAAGUCAUUAUUUUGUCUUCUAUGGGACUAAUCCGGGUUCCCGAAGCUCAUGGCUGAGGAGAGCGAGCGAGGGGCAGCCGCUGCCGCAGUGACUGGAAGGAGGCGGAAAAGCGUCGGAGACACAGGGCUGGUGAGUCCAGAGGUGGUGGCUGAUGAGGAUUCUUGCUCUUCUUCCACCCCGCUGUCGCCCUCCUCUUCGCCCCGUUCCCUGGCUUCUGGCUCAGGCAGCUGCGGGUCCAGCAAAUGCAUCUGUAAUAGUUGUGGUCUAGAGAUUGUGGACAAGUACCUACUGAAGGUAAAUGAUAUGUGCUGGCAUGUACGCUGUCUUUCCUGCAGUGUAUGCAGGACCUCUUUAGGAAGGCAUACCAGUUGCUAUAUCAAAGACAAAGACAUUUUCUGCAAACUAGAUUAUUUCAGACGGUACGGAACACGCUGUUCUCGCUGUGGUAGGCACAUCCAUUCUACUGACUGGGUUCGAAGAGCCAAGGGAAACGUGUAUCAUCUGGCCUGCUUUGCCUGUUUCUCCUGCAAAAGGCAGCUCUCCACAGGAGAGGAGUUUGCUUUGGUUGAAGAGAAAGUCCUCUGUAGGGUGCAUUAUGAUUGCAUGUUGGACAACUUGAAAAGAGAAGUUGAAAACGGGAAUGGUAUUAGUGUAGAAGGUGCAUUAUUAACAGAGCAAGAUGUUAAUCAUCCCAAACCAGCAAAAAGAGCUCGAACCAGUUUCACAGCAGAUCAGCUGCAGGUAAUGCAAGCACAGUUUGCUCAGGAUAACAAUCCAGAUGCACAAACACUGCAAAAACUGGCAGAAAGAACAGGCUUGAGCAGGCGUGUGAUACAAGUAUGGUUUCAAAAUUGUAGAGCACGCCAUAAGAAACACGUUAGCCCCAACCACUCAUCCACUGCUCCUGUUUCAACAGUCCAAACUUCUAGGCUUUCACCACCAAUGUUAGAAGAAAUGGCAUAUUCAGCAUAUGUGCCACAAGAUGGGACAAUGUUAACAGCUCUCCAUAGUUACAUGGAUGGUAGGUACAGUGGCUUGCUAUAACUACUCUGUGGACUUGAGAAGAUUGGGUGAAAUGAAUCCUUUAGCUCAGGGUUGGGCACCAUGCAACCCAUAGGCUGCCAAUUCUGCCUUUAUUUUGUGUCCAAUAUCAUAUUUGUGAGAAACCCUAGCUUUUCCAGGGAGUUGUUUAAAAAAAAUUAAAAACUCCAUGACCUACUGUUGCAGAGAGACAUUUGAGAUGAGAGUAGCAAUGUCUGCUAUCGGCUCAGAAGGAAACGGGAGCUUUACAUAUAAUAUUUCUCCUCAGAAUAAAUGCUUUAAAGUGUGCUACUAAUUUAUUAUUUCACUUUGUUAAAGGAGCUGAUUCUGAGGCUUCUUGCAUUUGUUGAAAUUGCAUGGAAAGAAUGGAAUUAUGUGUAAUUAAUAUGGUUCUAUCCAUUUGCAAUAUAGAAUCACAGGCAUAAGUUCAGUGUAAAGAACUAUUCUCCCCACCCACUAGUGGAAUUCUAAAUCCUAGACUUAAAAUAUGAUAGCAUCAUUUCCUACAUACCUUCUUGAAUUUUUCAUAUUACUUUUCCAAAGAUUCCUUUCAGGUUUGCAGUAUACAAUGUUUGCCCUUAUUCUUAUAGUUAUCUAUCAAUAUGGGGGAUACAAGAAUUCUUCAAAGAAAAGCGAGAUAAUUCGCAGGCAAGAUUAUUUUUUUUAAAAUAAUAGUUGGAUGAUUGAUAAUGAGGUUGCUCUCCCCAUGACCUUUCACAGACCUUCAUGAUAACAGUAGAACUUUAUUUGACCAUUUCUAGUAGGUUUUUAGGUCACGGGAGCUAUGAGUAGGUAUUAAGCCAUAUUACAAUUAUUUUGCAAGCUCUAUUCCCAAAGUGUAUUUGGGAUUAUAUUCAACUCUAGCUCUGGAUUUGUCCAUAGCUAGAACUCUUUUUUCUUCUUCAAUACAAUGAGAUUGGGAUUUUCUUCUCCAGUAUAUCCUUUUGUGAAUUAAGGAAAUAAUGAAAUGUUUAAGCACCACAUUCCACCUAUCACACCAUUUGAAUAUCACAUUUUAAAGGAGUAAAGGAAUAUAGUCCAACCCCUUCCCCAAAUGUUAAAAGGUAUUAUUUACAUAGCACUUAAAACACAGACAUACACUUCAUAAUCAAAUUGUUCAUGUAGAUGAAAGAAAUAUAUAUAUUAAGGUACACUGACCUUAUUCUAGGCAUAUUUUGAUACCCACUGUUGAUUAAAAAGAACACCUAGCUCUAACAAAAGCUGUGGCUUCUCCUUUUAGCUGAAAUAGCUAUCAUCAUUUAAAGUACUCUAUAUAUUUAUGAUGAAAAUUUUCUUAGUUGUAGAUGUGCUCAGCAAGACAUUAAAUGAAGUUGCAAUAAAAUUCCUUCCCUGCAACUUGCAGAACUACAGAUAUAAACACAGUUCAUUUGGGAGAAGCAGGCAUCACCAAGGGUAUGAACAUCUGGAAGGCACUGUCUUUCUAGACAUGGACUUUUUCACAAGCUGUGAAAUGGGUACAGCUUGUUAGUAUCCCAGCCAUAUCAAUACAAUUGGGUUUUUUUUAUUCACAAGUAAUAUUUUUGUACUUCCAGCCAGGCUGAUCAAAAAUCUUUCUAUUUUUGUAGCUCAUUCACCUUCUGCUCUUGGACUCCAGUCUUUGCUAACCCAUUCACUGACACAACUGCCAAUAAAUCACAUCUGAUUUAUUUAUUUCAGGGACAUGAGAUUAAGGAGAUACAUUCUGAGUCACCUAUUGUACUCUGUCAUUGAAAAUCAAUUUAAUCUUAAAUAGCAUCCAAAGUGUUUUGAAGACCAUUUAGUUGCCCAAGUAUGUAAGUAUAGAUGGCUUGCAGGACACUUUUAUGGCUUUCUCCAUAAAUACUGUAUGUUUACAAACUUUAUUGAAGAGAAACAUCUUUUUUUUUGUAUUGUCUGGAAGUAGUCCAUUCUAGCUAUGUGUUUGUUAAUUUAUUUAUCAUCAAAAGAGCACUUUGCCUAAAAGACAGGACUGACAAUUGUGCAAAAUGUUUACAAUUCUUUGUGAAAUUAUAGUUCAUCAUUAGUUUGUAUCUGUAAGUUAUUGUUAUUAAAGUAUUACUUGUAUUUGAGUUACAUGCAGCCUAUACUUCAAAGCUUAUGUCCACAAAUUGGCAAAAUUUCAAUUGCCAGCAUUCUCCAAUUGACCUAAAUAAAGCCUUCUGUUGUAGCAUGCCAAACAAAUAUGGCAAUGUGUUAA